AUGGCACAGGGCAUGCUGCGAACGCACGGCAGUGUGCUGGAGGAGGUGAACGGGCGAGAUGGUCGGGCGUCGCAUCCGGUGACGCCGACGAAGGAGGCGAUGGCGCUCGGUGGCGGGCUGGCGACCGAGACAUUCUGGUCGCCGAUGGGCGAGGCUGGGGACGCGGUCUCGGUCGCAUCGUCGUGCUGGUCGCCGGACAGCAGCAACGCGAGGCAGGGCGAGGCCGAGACUGACGGCUCGUUGCUCUUCUCGGCGUCGUCGUCGUCAAUUCUGGUCGAGUCGCUGUUCUCGUCGCCAGACGGUGGCAACGUGAGAGGCGGCGCCGGCGCCGCCGAUGGCGGCAGCUCGCUGGACUUUCCGCUGUUUGAAGUCCGGUCUGGCUCACCGCCGGCAUCGCCGAAUGCCGACAAGGAGCCGUGGACGGCCUCGGUCUCAUACUCGGUCUCGCCGUCGGUCUCGCCGUCUCUGCGUGAGGUGCGGCGCGAGGCCGCGGCACUCGGCAGCAGCAGCCUCCCGCGGAUGAGCCACGCGCAGAUCUCCAGCCUCCCGCACGCCACUCAGGUCGCGUACAUGACCAUGCAGCGUGCAGCGCUGGCAGCGGCCGAGGCGCAGCUCGCGCUCGAGUCACUCGCGGUCCAAGGCGGCUCGCAGGGCGCCCUCGACCGGCUAGCGCAGGUGCUCGAGGCAAAGAACGCCGAAGCCCGGAAGCAGCUGGCCGCUUUCGAGGCUGCGUACGGACGGACGCUGGCGCCGGCAGCGCCGCAGACGUAUGACAGUGCGUGGAUCUGCGCCCAGGCGCCGGCUACGCCCGAAAUGCACUCGGGCGGGCACCUCCCGCUCGGGCUCAAGACCCACGAGGCGUUCCGGGCCGACGCGGAGCUGGGCGAUGAGUUUGAGCUCGUCGACAGCGAUGCAGUCUCUGGGCCAGGUAGCGUGGUGCUGAUGCAGGAACGGACAACAGGAGUGGAGGUUCUGGUGCGGAGCUUCCGCACCUCGACGCCGCACGAAUGGCACGCGCUCAUCCGGCACCUGUCGGCGCUGCAGCGACUGAGCCACCCGGCGGUAGCGCGGCUGGUGGCCUUUUACCGCAGCGGCGGCUCGCGGACAAGCUGGCAGGUGGCGGUCCCGGCUGUGGCACACGCGUCAGUGAGCCGUUGGAUGGCCGAGCUCGCCGAGUCGGCGCACACGGCGCGGGCGCAGCACGAGAUCAAGCUCACAUUUCUGCGGCAGCUUGCGAGCGCCGUCCACUACGUCCAUGAAGCCGGCAUUGCCGGGCUCAACCUCACCACUCCCGGCGCCGUGGUGGUCACUGCCGACGGCUCGCCGGUGCUCUGCGACUUUAGCGCGUCGUCCGACCCGGUCAACUCGCUGAGCAAUACGCCGACCCGGGAGCUUGCCGUGCCGAGCGGUGGCGGCGACGCGCUGCUGCCGGCGCGGGCGCGCGAUCUCGCAGAGCUCGGCGACCUCGCGGUGGCCCUCUUUGCCGAGCUCACCGGAGGCGGGCCGGUGGUCCGGGUCGACGGCGAACGGGCGGUGUGGGCGGCGAGGAGAGUGGCGGCCGAGGCACCGCUCCUCGCCUCGUUCCUCGCCUAUCUCCUGCAGCCGACAAGCCAGCUCGAGGCGGCGCUGGCGAGCGUGCCCGGCGCUGGCGGAAGCAUCCUGCUCCGGCAUCCGCUGUUUGUGGCGCCGGUCGCGCCCAGCAUCGGGUGCGAGCCGUCGGCGUACAACGCGAAGGAAGUCCGACUGGUGGCGCUGUUCAAGAAAAUCCGCGCGCGAGUCUACAACGCCGGCAGGGCCAAGGUCGGCAAGAUCAUCAUCCGGCGGAUGUACCUAGUCCGCGACGCGCUCAACGUCUUCCAGAAAAUUGCAGUCCUCGACCGGCCUGACUGGUGCUUCCGGCUCAACGUGGCUUUUGACGGUGAGCGCGGCGUCGACGCCGGUGGGCUCUCGUCGGACAUGUUCACCCACGUCUUCCGUGCCCUCAUCCACACACCGUUUCCGUACCGGUCGGCGCGGAGCAGUGCCGGCGACGACGACGACGACGAGUUUGGCAGCGUGCCCGGGGGCUAUGUCAAGUUCCGCGGCAAGCCGCUGUUUGAGGUUGCCGACGGUGGCGCCAUGCCUGUGGCGCUCCCGCUUGGCGAGCCCUGCAUCGACGCGGUCAUGGACGCGCACGACAUGGCCAAGGCGUUCCAUUCGAUCGGGCUUGUCCUCGGCAAGUGCUUUCUCGACGGCUUCCUCAUCGAAGACGUCUUUGCGCGCCCGCUGUACAGCUACCUCCUUGCGGCAGCACCGGCUAUGGCCGGAUGCAAGCUGGCAGCGGCCGGCGGCGAGGCAGAGAUGCUGAGCGCGCUGUCGGCGGCGGCGGCCGAGACGAGCGCCAAGCUCGCGCUUGGGCUCGACGACCUUGCGGCGUUUGAUCCUGUCAAGGCCGCGGCGCUUGGCGAGCUACUCAACGUAGCCGCGCCCGAAGAGCUGUACCUCUCGUUCCUCGAUGUGGCGCCCGGGGCCAAGAGUGGCGGGACGGUGACGCGCGAGCGGACGUCGGCGUACGUGGCGGCAGUGGUGAGGCACGACUUGCUUGGGCGUGGGCGAGCCGAGUCGCUGGCGGCCAUUGCGUGUGGAUUCUAUGACGUCAUUGCGCCGCUUCUUGGCGACGAGAUGGUCCUUCUCUCGCCGACGUCGCUGCAGGCGCUCCUCUGCGGCGCCAAGGUUGUCGACGUGGAGGAGGUGGUAGCCAAGCUCGAGUUUAUCGAGUAUCCUGAUGACGAGACCGCGAGCCUUGCAAAGGCGCAACUCGUCGCGGUCCUCCGCAAGUGGGGUACUGAGGCGAUGCAGCACGUUAAGGCGUUCCUCGAGUACGCCACGGCAGCGCCGAUGGUGCCCGAGGGUAAGAUUCGCGUGCAGCACGUGGCGGCGAGCGAGCUGCUGCCGGCGGCUCACACCUGCCAUGCGGUCAUCGACCUCCCACUCUACGGGUCGACCGACGAGCUCGAGGCCAAGUUCCUCACCGCGUUUGACAACGGGCUUGGAUCCGAGUUUGGGCUCGCAUGACGAGCGGUCGAGUGUAAUGUUCAAGUGUAAAAGCC